AUGGCACAGAGACUUCUCGAAGACCUAACCCGACUGGCAAGUCUUUUAACGACCUGGGCUCAGAACUUCAAGACCAACACUGCCUCAUCAUUUUCUCGACUACGAGCGAAAGACUACAUCCGAUUGAUCAUGGUAAUAGGCGGCUACAUGUUGAUCGUCCGCCCCCUCUUGCAGAAGCUGGGUGAAAAGAAGCAGGCCAGCGAGCACGAGCGCGUGGACAAGGAAACGAAAGAGGAAGCCGCCUUGAUGACAGCGAACGACCUCCGUCGUGGAUCAAGCCGGCCGAUACCUAUACCCGGUGUGGAUAGCGAUACGGAUGAAGAGGUAGACAACACGGCCGACUGGGGGAAGAAAGCCAGGGUACGACAACGGAAGAUUAUCAGGCAGAAGCUGGAAGAGCACGAGCAGGCCUUGAAGGAACAUGACAGCGACAAGGAGAUCGAUCAAUUUCUCGUGGACUAAGAACCGAGGGAUGGUGGUUAAACAGCCGCUUUUUCUGGAAGUUCCAUGGAGGCCAGACGUAUUAUACGCAUGCCUCGGACGCGACACUACUCCACGUUAUAGGGAGUAUAAUGCUGCCCUCCCUGCAUCACCAAUCUCGACAACGCACUUCAGAGUACCAAAUCAAA